AUGAAAAAGUGGAUUGUUAUUUUCUCUCGGUGAAAACAGUUUUUUUACGGAGAUCAUUGUGGAAACUAUGCAGUUUUAUCGCAGUUAAUUUCUUCACCUGAGGCGGUGACGCGGAUUAACGCCAAAAUGAAGCGUGUGUUUAAAUACAGCUGCCGAAAAAGAAGUUGAGCUUUAGAAGUUGAGCUUUACCAAAAGAAAACCUGGAAAAUGGAAACUCGCAACAGUGAAGUUGAUGGGGGACCCUGCGCUGUGGUGGAGGUGAGCCCAGACAUCCACAUCUGCGGCUUCUGCAAACAGCAGUACAAUAAUUAUGAGGCUUUUCUCGCACACAAGACAAACGGAUGUUCUCUUCCGUCUCACGCUGCGGCCAGCUCUGCUCCAGCUUCCCUGACAGAUUCCAACGCCGGCUUUGUCAUUGAGGAUUCCUACCAGGUCUGUGUGAUGAAAGGCGUCAAGAAGUCUCUGACCAAAUCCCAGAAAGCUCCAUCCAAGAAACUAAAACCAGCGCUGGCUUCAAAAAGACACUCCUGCUGUUUCUCAGGUUGCAAUUUUAAGACCCAGUAUGGCCAGAAAGACAUGGAGCGACACCUGAAGACUCACACCGGAGAGAAGCCGUUCGAAUGCGAGCUGUGCCACAAGCGCUUCAGUCGGCGGGACAAGCUCAACAUGCACAGCCGCUCUCACACGGGCGAGAGGCCUCACAAGUGUAAGCACUGCUCCUACGCGGCGGCCGACAGCAGCAGCCUGAAGAAGCACCUCCGGAUCCACUACGACGAGCGGCCGUUCAAAUGCCAGAUCUGCCCUUACGCCAGCCGCAACUCCAGCCAGCUCACCGUGCACCUGCGCUCUCACACAGGAGACGCACCCUUCCAGUGUCAGCAGUGUGACGCCAAAUUCAAGAUCAACUCGGACCUCAAGAGGCACCUCCGCAUUCACUCGGGUGAAAAGCCCUACAAGUGUGACUUCUGCGACUACUGCUGCGCCAUGAAGGGAAACCUGAAGUCUCACACUCGGAUCAAACACGGCACAGAGAACUUGUAUCAGUGCGAGCAGUGCGACUACAAGUCCGCCAGCAGGCUGGCGCUAAGGCAGCACGCCAGGCAGCACCUGCCCAGCCGACCCUUUCAGUGCUCCAAGUGUUCGUACUCGUGCUCCGGGAAGGGGGCGCUCCGAGUCCAUGAGCGGAUCCACUCGGAGGAGCGGCCCUUCCAAUGUGACCUGUGCAGUUUCGCCUCCAAGCGACUCAGCUACCUGAUCAGCCACAGGGAGCAGUGCCACCCGGACAAGGCCGCGAAGGGGGGGGUCCGGAUGGCCCGCACAAAAGGGCCCAACUCCCCCAACCCCGCCUGCUCCCGCUACCGGGCCAAGCUGGACGCCGCCCGAGUCUUCCACUGCGACCUGUGCGACGCCUCGUUUGUGAGGGAGGACUCGCUGCGCAGCCACAAGAAGCAGCACAGAGACGCCCAGAAGACGCAGGUCCCCGGCUCGCCGGACGCCGUCGCUCUGCUUCCUGUUACGGUGGCUCAGAGCGAAGUUCCUUUCCCGUCUUACGGUAACGCGCAAAUCAAAAUCCUGGUCCCGCAGCCUUUGAUGCAGCACGGCUCCCUAAUCGCCGCCGACGAGGACGGAAGCGGCAAAACCAAAAUGGUUUUUCUGGACGCGGAAAGCCAGGAUGAGGUCGUCAGUCCCGUCAUCCAACAAGUCAACCUCGUGGCGGCGGUUCAGCGUAGCACCGUCGGCACCGAACCUCAGGCUGUGCUGCUGACCAAUCUGAGCUCAGACAGUAGCCCGCCCCAGGAGCCCAGCAGCAGCAGGCAGACUCUGAUCACCUACAGCUCAGACCUGGACGGCCUCAGCACCUUCAUCCCCGAUGGCGGCGCUGAGCUUAGAGUUCUGGCCAAGAGGAGCUCCCUGUUGCCUCCGGCCGACGUCGCCGCCUCUCAGGCUGCCGGAGCCGGACAGGAAGCUGCCCUGGUGGUGGGCGGCCAGAACGUGGUCAUCCAGAGCGUUCCGCUGAUAGUGUGCGCUCAGCCACAGCAGGGCGCCGUGGAGCAGCUCACUCCACAUGGACUCUACGCAGAAGCGAACGGAGCAGGGAGCACGCCGCAAUGACCCGAGGGUCAGCCUAACUAUCGGUUACUGGUUCAGACUCAGAUUAUUUAUUUGAACCAGCAACAGACUGGUGCACCAUUAAAAUUGAUUGUGGAUUUUUUUUCCUUCCAUUCAUUCCAAAAA